AUGUUAUUCGGGACCAAAUUGGACCACGAGCUCUACGACCCUUGGAAGCAGUACUACAUCAACUACAACCACCUCAAGAAGUUGUUGAAAGAGGGAGUCAUUCUCAAGAACAACUGGACCGAUAAGGAUGAACAGAACUUUGUUCUGGCUCUUGACGAGAACUUGGAAAAGGUGUACACCUUCCAGCACCAGAAGUUCGAUGAGUUGAACGACCAAUUGAACGACUUGCAGUUGCAGACAGAAACCUCGGGCGCCGACUUCAAUGUCGAAUCGUUUUCUUCCAAGUUGGACAGAAUUUUGGACGAGGCCCAGGAAUUGGAACAUUUCCAGAGAAUUAACUACACCGGCUUCAUCAAAAUCGUCAAGAAGCAUGACCGUUUGCACUCCAACUACUCUGUUAAGCCUUUGUUGAAUGUCAGAUUAAAGAGCUUGCCUUUCCACUCCGAAGAUUACAGUCCUUUGUUGUACAAGGUUGGUACUCUCUUCCAGUUCUUGCGUGAAAACUACGACGUCGACCAGGCUUUGUCCAAGUUGUCGUCGUUCAACGACUCUGGUUUGAAUGCCGAAUUCCAGUCAUUCAAGUUCUGGAUCCACCCUGAAAACUUAAUGGAAGUCAAGACCACCAUCUUGAGACACUUGCCCGUGUUGAUCUACAACAGUGAAAAUGUUUCGCAAAUAGAUGACGAUGAUGACGAUGACGAAGAAGAAGACGAGGCCAUCAACGACCAGACCAUCAAUGCCUUGUACUUUGACAACAACCAUUUUGAGUUGUACAACAAUAAGUUGACGAAAAUCAACAACUCGUCCACUUUACGUAUCAAGUGGAUUGGCAAGUUGGCCGACAAGCCAAAAAUCGUUAUGGAAAAGAAGCAAUUCGAUUCCAACUCCAACUUUAACGUGGAUGACAAGAUUACUUUGAAGCAAAAGUACAUCAACCAGUUCGUCAUCAACAAGGAGCUUCCCAGCAAGUUAAAGAAGAUCAAUGACGAACUGUCGCUCAACCACAUUCUUGGCUUCAUCAACGAAUUCAACUUGCAGCCUAUCUUGAGAACAACCUAUAAACGUACCGCUUUCCAAAUUCCUGGCGACGACAAGAUUAGAAUCGUCAUCGAUACCAACUUGAACUUCAUUAGAGAAGACUCGUUUGACUCUCAAUUGCCAAUUAGAGACCCUUCGAGCUGGCACAGAACCGAUAUCGACUCCAACACUGCUAAUCCACAGCAAUUCUUACGUAAGGGUGAAUACAUCAAGUUCCCAUACUCUACCAUGGAAAUCAAGAUUAAGAAGUCUGCUGCUAAGAACUUCAAGAAGUUGAACUGGAUCAAUGAAUUGAUCAACUCUUCCAAUUUGAUUAAGGAAAUUCCAAACUUUUCCAAGUUCAUCCACGGUGUAGCUUCAUUGUUCUUAGAAGACGACAAGUUGGAUAACAUCCCUCUUUGGUUCAAUGAAUUGGAGAAUGACAUCUCGUCUACUUCACACUACGUGCCAAAGUCCAAGAGAACAUUGCAACAGCAAGAAAAUGACAUCCAGAACUUGACCGACGCCGACAACUUGUCCAAGUUCAAGUCGAUGAUUCUCAAGAACCAGAGUUCAAGCUUCCAGCCUAGAUCGUCUUCCUUCUCUGGUUCCAUGUUGUUGAACAUCAACAAGGACGAAGAAGAAUCAAUUGACCACAGUGUUGGACCCUCUUCUUCUCACGUGCAAACGAUUGAAGAAGAAGCUCCUCAAUCAGGUUUAACAGAUGAUCAGUCAUCCGAAUUUGAUGAUGAUGACGACGACGAUCUUCCAGGCUCCAGAGCCAAUCCAAUUUCGAAGAUUUUGAACUUGCCAGUUCAAUUCUCAAAAUUGCUUGACGUUGACUCAGAAGACGAAGAGGUAGAUCUUCCACUUGGUGUCAGCAAGCCUGAGAGCUGGAUCAAGAACGCUGGUCCACUUAAGAUUGAACCCAAGGUCUGGUUGGCUAACGAAAGAACUUUCAACAGGUGGUUGCAUGUGACUACUUUGCUCUCGACCUUGACAUUUGUCAUCUACUCGUCGACUAUGAACUCUAACUUUGCCGGAUUAUCCACCAUCUUGGCAUACUUUUAUUUUGCAUUAACAUUGUUCUCUGGAAUCUGGGGUUACUACAUUUUCAUGAGAAGAAGAACAAUCAUUAUGGAAAGAUCAGACAAGCAUUUGGACAAUUCCAUCGGACCGCUUAUUGUAGCCUUUGGUCUUAUCUUGGCGUUAGUUGUCAACUUUGUCUUUGGCUGGAAGGGGUUGAAGGUUGAUCUUGACGAUGAGUUCUACGCCAACAACACCGUGCACAGGGCUAUCCAUGAGUACGUGAUCAACUUGGUCAACUAA